CUUUUAUUUUUUUAACAUAGUGACAGUAGAUGGUGCUUACUGCUGGUUUUCAGGGUUUUUUUUAAGAAAAAAAAUUACUUACUUUAUGUGUACAGGUGUUUUGCCUGUAUGUACGUCUGUACCAUGUGUGGAAGCACCUUAAGGAGGACAGAAGACAGCUUCAGAUCCACUGGAACUGGAGUUACAGAUGGUUGUGACUCACCAUCUGGGUUCUGAGAAUCGAACUCAGGUCCUCAGGAAGAUCAGUCAGUGCUCUUAACUGCUGAGCCAUCUCUCCAGCUCUGAUUUUUUUUUAGUUUUUUUGUUUGGAUAAAGCAAAUGUUGGCGGGGCAGUGUUAGUGCACAUCUUUAAUCCCAGCACUUGGGAGGCAGAGGCAGGAGGAUCUCUAUGAGUUCAAGGCCAGCCUAGUCUACACAGUGAGUUCCAGGACAGCCAAAGCUGUUACACAGAGAAACCCUGUCUCAAACAAACAAACAAAAAAAACCAAAUGUUGUUAUCAUAUUAGUCUAUGCAACCCCACAUACACACAUUUAUUUUAGAAUUUUACUUAUUCUUGAAAUUUGAAAAUCUGAGAUUAGGACUAAGCCAUGUGUUAGUGUAAAGUGGAGCACAGAGCAUGUUUAUGGAGCCUGUUUUAUCUAAGUCAGCCUUCCAAGGCUUCUGUGAGUAUUGGAGGGAUUGGUGCCUUUGGAUAUUAUAUUUGAUUUUGACAUUACAUUGUAUUCAGUUCUUAUUAAUCAUGUUUUUGUUCAUCAGCAUUUGUUACUGUGGUAAAAUACUGGAAAUGACCAGCUUGUAAGGAGGAAGGAAAAGUUUAAUGACUGCUCAGUUUCAGGCCAUGAUCACUUGGCUGUCUCCAUUGCCUUGAGACCUCUGGUGGGUCAGGACAUCAUGGUGAAGUUAAUCUACUUCCUUCCUGGGACCAGGAGGUAGAGGGAAGACAGGGUAGGAACCUGAAUGCAGGAACUGCGGAGGAAUGCUGCUUGCGGGCUCACUCCCUGACUCCCCCAUUGCCUCAUGUUUUGCCAGCUUUCUUACACAGCCUGGGACCACCUGCCAAGGAAAUGACACUGCCCACUUCAGACGGGGCACUCUUACAUUAAGACAGUUGAGGCAGUCACUCACAGACAUGUCCACAGACUAGCAUGAUAGAGACAAUUAUUCAAUUGAGACUUCCUUCAGGUGAUUGUAAGCUGUGUCAGGUUGACUAGGCCUAUAGGCGUACCUCAGUACCCUAACUUCUUUCCACUAGGUGGUGAAGGCUUCAUCACCUCCCUGUAGUGCCAUGGGCUGGGGACCAAGCUUUCAAUGUACUGUACUAACCUUGGGGGACAGUCAAGGUCCACACUACACUAAUACUGUCUACACUACAUUACUGCUGUAUACACUAACACUGUGUACACUACAUUAAUGCUGUAUAAAUUUAUAGCCCACAUUAUCCUUGGCAUCCUUUUGUUACCAUAUGCUCUUCCUAAAUGACAACAAAGAGCACAAGACUCCUGAGGAACUUGCUAGAAAUUCAUGUCCAGCUUCUGACUCCAGAGCUUCUGAUUCAUAUAUUCACAGUGAGCCUGCAAGCCUGUUCUUAGGGAAUGAGAUGAUUGUGAUGUAACAUGUCAGGUGACUACUGGCAUAGUUAGUUUGUAUCUGUUCCCCAUAGCACAGGCACUUAGGUUUUUGUUUCAUGGAUGUGUUAAUGGACAUCUUUUCAUCUUUUCAUGGUCUUCCUUUUUAGAAUUAAAUAGAGAAGUUAGUGUUUGGUGGUGAUGUUUUAUUUUGCCGAGUGGGAGAUAGAAUUAUUAUGUAUACUAAGCACAUAGUUUCCGACUGAGUUAUAUUGCCAGCCUGAGUGGGUAUUUUUAAAUAUAUAAAAACUCCUUAAUUACUUGCUCAGUGUAACAUGCUUCCUGUGCUGUGUCCCUGUGCCCCAGGGCAGUUCCUUUGCUGGGUUACCUACCUCAGGAUCUGAUUGGAACAUCGAUCUUAACGUAUUUGCACCCAGAAGAUCGGCCUGUGAUGGUUGCCAUACACCAAAAAGUUAUAAAGUAUGUGGGCCAUCCUCCAUUUGAACACUCGCCCAUCAGAUUCUGCACUCAGAAUGGAGAUUAUGUCAUUCUGGACUCCAGCUGGUCCAGCUUUGUGAACCCCUGGAGCCGGAAGGUUUCCUUCAUCAUUGGCCGACAUAGAGUUCGAACGAGCCCAUUAAAUGAGGAUGUUUUUGCUACCAGAAUAAAAAAGGCAACCAAUAACAACAAAGACAUAACAGAAUUACAAGAACAAAUUCACAAACUUCUUUUGCAGCCUGUUCAUGCCAGUGCUUCUAGUGGUUAUGGGAGCCUGGGCAGCAGCGGCUCACAGGAGCAGCACAUCAGCAUCACCUCUUCCAGUGAGGCAAGUGGACACGGUAUGGAGGAAGCACAGAAGGAGCAGAUGACCUUGCAGCAGGUCUAUGCCAGUGUAAACAAAAUUAAGAAUGUGGGUCAACAGCUCUACAUUGAGUCAAUGGCCAGAUCAGUCAAACCAGUGAUGGACACAUGCAUGGAGCUGCAGGGUGGUGAUGAGCAGAAGGACUUUUCUUCCUCUCAGACACUGAAAAAUAAAAGCCUGUGUACUGGCUCUUUUGAGGAUCUGAGACUAGAGCAGCAUAGUUCAUCCUAUCAGCAGAUGAACUGUAUCGACAGUGUCAUUAGGUACCUGACGAGCUACAGUCUCCCAGCCUUGAAAAGAAAGUGCAUAUCCUGCACAAACACGUCUUCAUCCUCAGAAGAAGCCAAGCCAAACCAUGAGGCGGACUGUAGCAUGGUGCUGCGAGAUACUGAACAGAUGCUGAACGUACCUAAGCAGGAAACUCCAACAACUGGACCAUCCACAGACGCUGAGGGAGGUGUCUCGUGGACCCUGUCCACUGCUGCACUGAGCAUGGCGUCUGGCAUAAGCCAGCACAGCUGCAGCAGCACCACUGGCCACGUCCCGCCCCUACACUCAGCAGAGGGUGUUGCCUUAGCGUGUAAGCCCUGGACCCUGAGAACACAGCCGUCUCCCCUGACUGCAGAAGAAUUUAAGCAUGUGGGGCUCACAGCAGCUGUCCUCUCUGCACACACGCAGAAGGAAGAACAGAACUAUGUUGACAGCUUCCGGGAAAAGAUCCUGACCUCACCCUACAGCUGCUAUCUUCAGCCAGAAGGCAGAAACAAUGCUCCAUACUCCUGGGUUCAAGGCUCUCCUUCUAAGCAGGCCAGAUGUGCUGGAAGUGAGAGACAGAAGCACAAACGGAGGAAGUUGCCAUUGCCUUUGGACCCCAGCAGCCCCAGCGCUGACUUCUGUUCCCCUGUCAGAGGACUCCUUCCGGAUGUACAGCCCUGGGUCCCUUCUGUUGUCCCCUCUCCUCAUGCUGCAAGCCUAGCUCUCCCGUCAGCCCUGGUAGCUCCCGGCCAGGCCCCUUAUCUCCUUUCAUCUCUUCCCCUCCAAGAUGUGGCCUCUCUGGGAGUAGGGGCCUCUGCAGGCUGGGGAGCUGCAGCUGAAUGUCCACCUCUGUCCGCUGGCCAGCAGUCUGUUUCAGCUCUCCCUUCUGCUUACUUGGAUACAUUCAUGACCAUUUUCCUGCACAACUCCCCCAUCUUUCCUCUGUGGUCAGCAUCGUUCUCCCCAAACCCACUCCUGGGGGCCGAAGGUUCUUCUGAAAUGACACCCUUAGUGCCAGCAACGGCUCCAAACCUGGAACCAGCUUCUUCAGACCAUAGCCAAAGGAGAACGGAGGAGACCUGGGAGACACAUGGUGCAGAGCAUCCAUUCAUUAGUUCAAGGAGCAGUUCGCCGUUACAGUUAAAUUUACUCCAGGAAGAAAUGCCUGCACCGUCUGAAUCUCCAGAUCCAGUGAGAAGAGGUGUUGGCCCAGAGGCUGAGUGUCACUGUGAUACAGGUGACGGUGGCAGAAGGAGCAGUCACUGUGCCACCGGGGAACUGGCCAUGGCAUCAGUGCAUCAGGAGUCUCUGUCUACAGCUGCCUCAGGAAGCAGUAACGGCAGUAUGUACUUGAGUAGCAGCGACUAUUCUGAAAUUUCUGAAAAUGGACAGAGGUCCCAGGACAGACGGAGAAAUGAAGCCUUUCCCGGGGUGGCUGAAGAAUCCAUCUGGAGAAUGAUAGAAGAGACGCCAGAGAGUGUUCUCAUGACAUACCAGGUGCCCGAGAGGGGAAGAGAAGAGGUGCUGAGAGAAGACCUGGAAAAGCUCAACAGCAUGGAGCAGCGGCAGCCCCAGUUCUCCUCUGCACAGAAGGAGGAGCUGGCCAGGGUGCCGUCCUGGAUCCACAGCCACACUGCCCCUCAAGAAAGGCGCCUCCAAAGUUGUGUCGCCGGUGAAGACAGAGGUUCAGUUGGUGGCACUGCAGAGGCCCAUGAACAGCACCCAGCUGAAGACACCAGUUGAGCACCUGUGAAGAUGUCUGUCACACGUUUCCAGGUCAUGUGGGGCAUGGAGAUGUCUGUGUGACUUAACUAAACUCUUAACUCUUAAACGACAGUCAUCAACAUUAAGAUGUUUCACGUUGGGUAGCACUGGGAUCAAGCCCAAGGCUUUGCUCACUCUAGUCUGACGCUCUCUACGGCUGUCCUGGAUCCCCAGCCCUCCCUUCCUGGUCUUUAAUGGAUGAUAUUUUCCCAAAGCAGGCGUUUGCAUAGGCUCUUGUUCCUGAUAGUAAAACCGCCAAUGGGAAGCCUUCUCUAGCUUAGCUGUCUUCUGAAGACAGCAGACUGCCUCUGAAGAGGUAUGUGUCCGAUACAACUUGAUUCCAGAAGUCCCUCUGAGUAGGUUACAGGUAGAGUGAGUCCCCAGCCUUAGCUUUCUUUGUUCUGUUGUUGUUGCGAAGUCAGUUUCCCGUUAGAAUACUUGACUGUCCACAGGUUGUGUAGUUCACAUGAUGUUUUCCAUGGAUUUAACACAUUGAUCUAGGCUUUGUACAGCAUGGUGCUUCCCUUCCUGAUUAUGAUAAGACAUUCCACCUUUCUCACAAAAUAUUAGAGUGCGUCCUUCUCUAGUAAAUGUGGGAAUCAUGGAUUGGUUGUUUGACCCCGUUCUUGUCCAUGCACUUCCUGUUGAUGUCGGCCUCUCACAGAAACUCCUUCCGUAAGAUCUGUCUGCUUGAACAGGGCUUACUCUGGAGAAUUCAAGUUAAGCCUUGCAUGCUAAAAGAGCCGCUUACUCAGCCAUAGUAUUUUUUUACAGUUUUUUUUUUUUUUGUUAUAAAAUAAAUGUGAAAAGUUUUUUAAAUUAUGUUAUUGUUACUCUGGAGAUGUAUGUGCUUAAAUGCUCAGCCUGACAGUUAACUUUUUCUCUUUGCCGAAUCUACACAAAGAGGUCUUCAUGUGGACAAGAGGCCGGAUUGGCACUGCCUUUUGUUUGCCCUGGAACAGGUGCUCUGGAUUAGAGACGCCUGAGACUCAGCUUCAGAUGACUGUGGGAUCCACAGCAUGCAGAGCCCGGGAAGGCACAGCAGGGAAGGAAGUCUGCAGUGGCCUCAUGCGUGUUACUUACAGCAGGCUAACAGAGUGUUUUUCCUGUUGCUUUGUUUGGUUUUAGGAAAACACUUUUCUCUGACCGGUCAUAGCUGUUGAUAAAUGUACUGUCAUUGUGGUUAGGAGAAGGUAGUGACGACUGCUGGCCCCGUGCUCCAGCUCUGUGGCUUAGACUUCUCUAAAAGAAUGGUUUUUCUGGCUGGCAGGCUGAUUGGAAGGUGUCAGAAACAGUCUCAAAUGCUGCCUAUGAGAUGCUUAGCAUUUUCUGGUAUUAUGCACUUCCACAUAAAUGUUCCUGCUGUGUGAAUAGAGACUUCUCAUAGUCUGCUCCAUCCUGGGAGUUAUAUGAUGUCAGAGGCCUGCGU